AUGGGCUGCUUUAGUCGCUUUUCGGGAUGGAAGCUCACAGCAGUGUACCUCACCAUUCUCGUGAGUACGCUCACGACGCUCCUGUUCGUCACGCUUUUCGUGUCGCUGUUUGCGCUGAAGCGUGACGAUGGAGACGAUGCGGUUACCAGCGGGAGGGAUGCUGGUGAUGCGCUGGGCCAGAGUGUUUUGUACAAGGGGAACUGCGAUACCACUGCGAAGGCGAACUUGUGGAUUCAUUUGCUCAUUAAUAUUGUGAGUACGGGUAUUUUGGCGUCGUCCAACUUUUUCAUGCAAGGUCUUGUUGCGCCGACGAGAGCUGAAGUCGACGCUGCGCAUCGUUCGGGUCAUUGGCUAGAGAUUGGCGUUCAGUCACUCAAGAACUUUCGUUUUCUGGGCUGGCGAAAGAUCCUCUUCUGGUCUCUCUUUUCCAUGAGUUCCGUUCCUCUUCAUCUCGUCUUCAACGGUUGCGUCCUCGAGAGUAAAGGCACCAAUGGCUUCACAGUCAUGAUUGGUUCUCCGGAACUCAUCCAAGGAGGCUGGAAGGGACUUCCCUCAAUCACUCAGGCCUACUACGAUAGACUGGACUACAGCGAUCAAUCACAGGGCAACGGCAACCCCGAGUCUCUGGAGAAGCUAAAGCCCAUCAAUGACUCUUUCGUCGUUAACUCGACGGAUGGAGAUUGGGUUGAGAUGUAUCUGCCCGACUGUAUCCAUCGAUACAACAACCCGCAACAAGCCUUGACACAUUGGCGACAUUUGAUGAUGAUAAUCUACGACUUUGACGAUAUAUACCGAAAUGAGACAGUUGGGUGGAAACGAGCUGAUGUACUCUUAAACACCACAAACACAGCCGAUCUCAACGUCACAAAUCCUCUCUGGACAGUGGACGCAUUUACACGCACCGGAAGGACAUCUCAGAGCAGCAGUAGUACGAACCAGUACCUGUCAAACCCCGAGCCCAGUUAUCUGGUAUCUACUCCACCAGAUGAAUAUGGCAGCACUCAGCCAGCCUCACGCUAUUACAUGAACGUCUUCGGAACGUGGGAUAUGCAAGGGACGCGCAAUAUCUUUGAUCCUCAAUCUGGUGCCAUCAUCACAGAUCCAAGGGUUUUCAAGACCAAGUAUCGUGUCAUGCAGGUUGAUCGGUGUUACUCGGAGAAGUAUGAAGCGCCGUGUCGACUGAGCAUAGCGAACAGUCUUUUGCUCAUUGUCUGCAUCAUGUGUCUCUUCAAGACCAUGCUGUGUCUUUUGGUCCUGAAACUUCGUGUUUGGGGGGAUGAGAAUCCGCUUAUGACACCGGGCGAUGCGAUUGCGUCAUUUAUUUCGAGACCGGAUGAGGAGACGAGGGGUAUGUGUACGUUGACGAUGGAGGAUCUAAGAAAGACGGCAAAGCCGACGCCGACGAGGUUGGGGGAGAUGAAUCAGAAUUAUAAAUGGUUGCAGGGACCGAGGCAGUGGCAGAACAACUCAAUACGAAGAUUUGGAAAGGCUGUUCCUCGAAGUAUCUGGGUGCUGUCAUCUCUGCUCAUCGGAUGCUCUCUCAUCGUGGCUUCAGUCAUGCUAAGUAUCGCCAUCAAUGGUCAAUCUCUGAGCGAUUCUAAAUUCAUGCACGCGCCGCAGAACGAAGACGUGAAGAGCAACGCUCUAGAUAACUUGCCUCUUAUCUCACUCACCAUGGUUGCCAACACGCCGCAGCUUAUCCUCUCCAUCUGCUACCUGGCGUACAACGGCCUCUUCACACGCAUGCUAGCUGAGUUUGAGUGGUCAAAGUACAGUGUUGCGUUUCGUUCUCUGCGCGUCACUGAACCGCGCGGGUCGCAGAACGCGACGUAUCGUCUUCAGCUUCCUUAUCGGUUCUCGAUUCCUUUGAUCAUUAUUAGUAUUGGGCUCCACUGGAUCUACUCCAACUGUAUUUAUGUGAGCAAUUACGAAGCAUACGCCCCAGGAUAUCCGUAUAAACGAGACGUCACAGUCGGUCUCCAGUUCUCAUCCAAGGCUAUCUUGGUCGGUCUCUUGACAUCGAUCGGAGUCGCCAUCACGCCACUCUUUCUCGCCUUUGUAAAGCUCCCAGGCGUGAUGGUUAUCGCAGGCGCAAACUCGGCAGUUAUAUCAGCAGCCUGCCACUACCCCUCUACAAAACUCAAAUCUCUUAGCCGUGCAACGUCAAAGAUGAGCAUGAGGAGCAACGAGUACGACAGCAUGAGCGCUCGGCUGAUAGGCGACGAAGAGGUAGAAGAACUCAGAGACGUGUCGAGGCGAAAGAUCAAAUGGGGGAGGAUGUCGAUGGGCAAGAGUGACGAGAGCUCAGUCGGACAUCUCGGCUUCGGUACGGAGGAGCUUGAUAUCGAGAAGCCAGUAGAAGGAGAGUAUUACAGUGGCGUGAGAGAUGUCUAUGACGAAGGAUUGAGGAAAAUGCGGGUGUUGUAA